CAAAAUCUAAUAGAAACUCAUCAUUGAAGGCGCCACACAUACCAUCCCCAGUUCCAAAAUGGAGUUGCUCCGCUGCCCUUCAUUCUUGGCCAACACCCCGAAAUUCCCAUCCAGAUGCCCCAACAUCGAAAAAAUUGGAUUUACUUUCAGGAAUUCGCACUGUUACUUUUCCGAACUUAGAAGCAAGGCGAAGCCUGUAUUGGUCUCGGCCAUUGGUGGCGGAGAUGAGUCGGAAACUGCCGUGGUGGUGGAGAAACCAUUGCCGUACGAAUUUCGUCGCCCUUACGAGCUUUUGGCCGGCCAUCCGACUCCAUUCGGUGCCACUACUAGAGACGGCGGGAUCAAUUUCGCUGUCUUUUCAAGCAAUGCCACGUCAGCAUCUCUGUGCUUGAUCAGUCUCGCAGACUUGCCCCAGGGAAAAGUGACAGAGGAGAUUCCUUUAGAUCCCACUGUCAACAAGACUGGAGAUGUCUGGCAUGUAUUCCUUAAGCGAAACUUUGAUAACAUGCUCUAUGCCUACAGCCUUGAUGGCAAGUUUGCUCCGGAAGAAGGGCAUUACUUUGAUUCCACCAAGAUACUUUUAGAUCCUUAUGCAAAGGCUAUUGUAAGCAGAGCAGAGUUUGGUGCUUUGGGACCAGAGAAGGAUUGCUGGCCCCCAAUGGCUUGCAUGCUACCUUCUACUCAUAAGUUUGAUUGGGAAGGGGAUCUACCAUUAAAGUUUCCACAAAGACAUCUAGUAAUAUAUGAAAUGCAUGUUCGAGGAUUUACAAAGCACAAGUCAAGUGGAACAGAAUUUCCUGGUACGUACCGUGGUGUUGUGGAGAAACUGGAUCACUUGAAGGAACUGGGUGUCAACUGUAUAGAGCUAAUGCCAUGUCAUGAAUUUAAUGAGCUGGAGUAUUAUAGCUAUAAUUCUGUCCUAGGUGACUAUAAGUUAAACUUUUGGGGCUAUUCGACUAUCAAUUUCUUUUCUCCGAUGGAAAGGUAUUCAUCUCUUGGGAGGGACAAAUCUGGUCUUGGUUCCAUACGAGAGUUCAAAUAUCUUGUUAGGGAGGCCCAUAGAAGGGGAAUUGAGGUAAUCAUGGAUGUGGUUUUCAAUCAUACUGCGGAAGGGAAUGAGAAUGGUCCCGUGUUCUCGUUUAGAGGUGUCGACAACAGUAUCUUUUAUAUGCUUGCACCCAAGGGAGAGUUCUACAAUUAUUCUGGCUGUGGAAACACCUUCAAUUGUAACCAUACAAUAGUACGCCAAUUUAUAUUGGAUUGCUUGAGGUACUGGGUUGUAGAAAUGCAUGUUGAUGGCUUCCGCUUUGACCUUGCUUCCAUCCUAACAAGGAGUAGCAGUCAAUGGGAUGCUGUUAAUGUUUAUGGAAAUUCAGUUGAAGGUGAUAUGCUUACCACAGGAUCUCCUCUCUCUACCCCACCAUUAAUUGAUAUGAUUAGCAGCGAUCCAAUACUAAGUGGAGUAAAGCUUAUAGCUGAAGCAUGGGAUUGUGGAGGCCUGUACCAAGUUGGAGCAUUUCCUCAUUGGGGUAUCUGGUCAGAAUGGAAUGGGAAGUACCGUGACAUAGUGCGGCAAUUCAUAAAAGGCACCGAUGGGUUUUCAGGGGCAUUUGCCGAAUGCCUUUGUGGAAGCCCAAAUUUAUACCAGGAGGGUGGAAGAAAACCUUGGAACAGUAUAAAUUUUGUGUGCGCGCACGAUGGGUUCUCUUUGGCCGAUCUAGUGACUUAUAAUGAUAAACAUAACAUGGCUAAUGGAGAAGAGAACAAAGAUGGGGAGAAUCACAAUAAUAGUUGGAACUGUGGCCAGGAGGGAGAGUUUGCAAGUAUCUCGGUGAAGAAACUGAGGAAAAGACAAAUGCGGAAUUUCUUCUUGUGCCUAAUGGUUUCACAAGGUGUUCCAAUGAUCUAUAUGGGUGAUGAGUAUGGUCACACAAAAGGAGGAAACAACAAUGCAUAUUGCCAUGAUAACUAUAUUAACUACUUCAGAUGGGACAAGAAGGAUGAGUCAUCAACUGAUUUUUUCAGAUUUUGCUGCCACAUUACCAAGUUCCGUGCUGAAGCCGAGUCACUUGGCUUAGACGAUUUCCCAAUGGCAGAGAGGCUGCAAUGGCAUGGUCAUGCUCCUGGGAUGCCAGACUGGUCUGAAUCUAGUCGCUUUGUAGCGUUCACACUGGUUGACCAAGUGAAGGGAGAAAUUUAUGUUGCCUUUAAUGCAAGUUAUCUUCCGGUCACGGUAACCCUGCCAGAACGAGCUGGUUAUAGAUGGGACCCCUUGGUUGACACCGGCAAGCAAGCUCCAUUUGAUUUCCUUUCGGACGCUCUUCCCAAUAAGGCAGCAGCAGCAAAACAGUAUGCUCAUUUUCUUGAUGCGAAUAUGUACCCCAUGCUCAGCUACUCUUCCAUAAUUCUCUUGCUCUCCCCCAAUGAGACUUCUUAAUUCGACACAAAAUAGCACUACACAGAUUUAAGUUAAAAACUAGUUCCUCUGUCCCUUUAUAAUUUUCUUAUUUAUUAUUCGUAAGGUUAAACUAUGCUCAUAUUUAUAUAUUUAUAUGCAAAAAUUUCCUUCAUUACUCCAAUAAAUUGUCUAUUUUACA